GCCAAGACAACAAGGAGGGCCCAUUCUGAUUUCAGUCAUUUGAAAAGAUAACAUAUUCUAUUAAUGGAAAACUCAAUCGUCCCACUAGCAACUCAAUUAAAUUACAAUUGGUUUUGGUCCCAAUCAUUAGGCCACUGCUUCACGCUAUAUGAUGAUUGGUCACGCCGCUUCCUCUUCUCUGUUUACAUCCCGAGAGGAGGAAUUCAACAAUCAUGAACAAGCUUCCCUUUACUUGAAGACUUUGACUAGGCCCUCUGAAGUUGGUGAGAUGGAGGUAGAGUGUGCAAUCAAGAAUGAUGUAACUGAAUUAAUAGGUAAUACCCCAAUGGUAUACCUGAACAAAAUAGCAGAGGGGUGCGUAGCCCGUAUUGCUGCUAAGUUAGAGUCCAUGCAACCCUGCUCCAGUGUCAAAGAUAGGUUAGCAUUUAGCAUGAUCAAAGAUGCUGAAGAAAAAGGUCUCAUCACACCUGGAAAGAGUGUUCUUGUUGAGGCAACGAGUGGUAACACCGGCAUUGGGUUGGCAUUCAUAGGAGCAUUGAAGGGUUAUAGAGUAAUAGUUGCCAUGCCUGCUUCAGUGAGCCUUGAGAGAAAAAUAGUACUUGGAGCUUUUGGAGCAGAGGUGUAUCUCACUGACCCUGACAAAGGAACCAUUGCAGUUAUUCAGAAGGCUGAAGAGAUUAUAUCCAAGAUUCCUGGGAGUAUCAUGCUUCGCCAGAUUGAUAAUCCUGCAAAUCCCAAGGUUCACUAUGAGACAACUGGGCCUGAGAUAUGGAGAGACUGUGGAGGGAAAGUUGAUGCUUUGGUUGCAGGGAUAGGAACUGGGGGCACAAUUACCGGUGCUGGCAGGUUCCUUAAGGAGAAAAACCCCAAUAUCAAGGUGUAUGGUAUAGAACCAGUUGAAAGUGCAGUCCUAAGUGGAGGAGAGCCAGGUAUUCACCAAAUACAAGGGAUUGGUAAUGGCAUCAUUCCUGGCGUACUGGAUAUUAAUCUCCUAGAUGAAGUUAUUCAGAUAUCAAGUGAAGAAGCUAUAGAUACUGCCAGGCAACUUGCCUUGAAAGAAGGUUUGCUGAUGGGAAUUUCAUCAGGUGCUGCAGCUGCAGCUGCAAUAAAAGUGGGGAAGAGACCUGAGAAUGCAGGGAAGCUCAUUGCUGUGGUGUUUCCCAGUUUUGGAGAGCGUUAUUUAUCUUCGCCAUUGUUUGAACAUAUUAGGAACGAAGCUGAACAAAUGACAUUUGAGUAGGAUCAGAAAAUUCAAACCAAAAGACACUGCAACCAUGUGUUCCGCUGCUCCCAGAAUUUUAACCAAAACUAAACCAUAGUGUUGUUAUGUGUGGCAUAAGUUGCUCAACUGAAGUUGAUAUGAUAUCAGUUUUUAAAAGAAAAAAUAAUACAAAGGAAGAAAGAAAACGAUGUUGUUUUCUUCGUCUUACUACAGUAAUUUUUUUGGGGUAAUCUAAUAGAAGUGUUAAGUGUAACUUCUGUGAUGGAACUCGUGCUUUCACACUCCUUUUUUUUGUGUUGUGUAAGCAUAUGGUAUUUUUGAGUAUUGAUGAAUUCCCCAUUUGGCUA